AAACAAAAAAACUCAUUCGACUCGUUCCACAGAGUAGACACGCCCGCCCCUGUCUCACUUGACUGACAGCCCGUGCAGCCAAUGAGUUUUUGCCUCAGUGUAGCCGGGCCUUCCGUAAAGUAGUGCAAUAUGGCCGCGGUGACUCUUGCUUGAAAGAAAGCAGUUGAUGUUCGUUUAGACAACGCGCUUCGUCUUGCUGCACCUCAGACAUCGGCUUUUGGACAUGAAGGGAAAAGAGCGAUCACCGCUGAAGAAACGUUCCCGGGCGUCAGAUGAGAGCCGUGACCGCGGAGGAAGCCACCCGAGCGGCAGGAAGGCGGCCGCGCUGCCGCCGCGGCUAGCAGGCAGCAGCAACGGUACCAGCUCCGCACAGAGCGGCGGCGCUCCGUCCAAGAGGACUUUACACGGCGAGAAACGAGACUCGAGGGAGCCCGGCGGCCUUAAUUCUUUGAACAGACCUGGGCCUUACGAUUACGGAGCUGCUUCGUAUAACAAACCGCACGGUGGCGCUGACGCCGCCGCGGACGGUGUCGCUGCGUCCAUGUCCGGUUCACGGCCUCCGUCAGACCCAGAAUGUGAGUACAAGACUCUGAGAGUAAGUGAGCUGGGCUCGCAGCUGAACGACGAGGAGCUAGAAGACGCACUGUUUCACGAAUUUAAAAAGUUUGGCGAAGUGAGUAUUAAAAUGAGCCGAGAAAACGACCAGAAGGUGGCGCUCGUUAACUUCAGGAGGCCUGAGGACGCACGCGCGGCUAAACGCGCCCGCGGCAAGCUGAUGCUGUACGACCGUCCUCUGAAAAUCGAGCCCGUUUACCAGAACCGACACAGAAGCCGCUCGCCUGUUUGCAAAGACAGCUUCCCGUCAGGGAACAGACACUCCCAGAGGCCGCUGUCCCCUACGGCGUUGGGCUACAGAGACUACCGCUUACAGCAGCUGGCUUUAGGCCGCCUCCCCCCGCCUCACCCACCGCCUCACCUCCGGGAUCUGGACAAAGACUAUGCCCUCUAUGACGCCAGAAACCGCCCGCCCUUUAUCCCUGAAUGUGCUGUGUUCCGGGAGGAUGAGCUGAGGACCUGUGAGGAUGAGCAGAGGCCCAACAGGACUUUGUUUCUUGGGAAUCUAGACCUUAGUUUGACAGAGAACGAUCUGAGGAGGGCUUUUGACAGAUUUGGGGUGAUAACAGAGGUGGACAUAAAGUGGGCAGCACGCGGUCAGAGUAACACAUAUGGAUUUAUAAAGUUUGAGAAUCUUGACAUGGCUCAUCGUGCCAAAGUGGCUAUGUCAGGGAAACUUGUGGGUCACAGCCAAAUUAAGAUUGGAUAUGGUAAACCUACUCCCACAACCCGGCUAUGGGUGGGUGGCCUUGGACCGUGGGUCCCUCUUGCUGCUCUGGCCAAGGAGUUUGACCGCUUUGGCACAAUUCGAACUAUAGACUACAGGAAAGGUGAGGUGUGGGCCUAUAUUCAGUACGAAAGCUUGGAUGCUGCUCAGGCUGCCUGUGCCCACAUGCAUGGGUUCCCUCUGGGUGGCCCUGACAGGAGACUCAGAGUAGACUUUGCACAUAUGGAGCAACGCUACCACCAACAGCAGCAGCCGUACAUACAGCUCCCUCUCCCCCUGCCUCCCUACGACUUAGUCCCUGAGCCUUACGUCCGCCACCUUACUACAGACCCGGUGAGAUCACGAGAGAGGACUCUGCUCCCUGUUCGCUUGAGAGAAAGGGAGUUCUACUCUACUCCUGAGUGGCCUGGCCUGGGUGUUUCCAACAGAAUGAGAGGAGCAGGCUUUGAACCAUUGGAUCGUCUGGAUAGGCGUUCCCACGAUACCUGGGCAGCGGAACGUGAAAGGGAAUUGCAAAACAGAGACCUAAACUGUAAAAGGAAACAGUUGGACGAUGGCUGGCGCCUUGAUUGUUCACCUGAUGGGAGUGACUAUAGCCUGCGUCGCCAUGGUGGCUCACUGGAGCGCAGCCCUGGAGUGAGCAGCAGAGAUGGCGGACGCUGUAGUGACACUGAGCGACUUCCCCGCUCAGGCAAAUCAUCCCCUGUCAGAAAACGUAAAAAGAGCCAGGAUGCUAGUUUUAAAGAAAAGAGAACACUCAGCCCAGUUCAACCAGUUUCCAGCUCUGAGAGGAACCACAAGCGAAAAAGCAGUGACUCCUGCAAGAGUCCUGCGCAGAAAGUGGAUCGCUCAGAACGCCCUGCUGCAGCUUCGUCAGACUCGUCUUCCUCUAAAUUUGGCCAACAGGGUAAAGACGGGGCUGGGGGACAUAAACUGAGACAGGUCUGGCAGGGUGUUCUUCUGCUAAAAAACAGCAUGUUUCCUACAUCGGUGCAUCUGCUCAAGGGCGACGUGGCGAUGGCUUCCAGUCUGUUGGUGCACGGCUCCACAGGGGACCAAGUAUCUCAGCUAAAGAUCGCUCAGCGUCUGCGUCUGGACCAGCCCAAGCUGGAUGAAGUUUCUCGCCGCAUCAAGGCUGCAGGCUCAAGUGGAUGCUCCGUACUCCUGGCUGUGCCGGGGGACGCUGAGGAUGGAGGAGCCCAGGAUUCCAGCAGCUCCACUAAAAGGCCGCUAAAGAACCUGGUGUGCUACCUGAAGCAGAAGGAGGCUGCCGGCAUCAUCAGCCUCCCUGUGGGGGGUGGCCGUGACAAGGACCAUGGAGGAGUCCUUCACGCUUUCCCUCCGUGUGAUUUCUCACACCAGUUUUUGGAUGCCUCCGCCAAAGCUUUUGUCAAAUCGGAGGAAGACUACCUGGUGAUAGUCAUAAUCAAAGGAGCAGCAUAAAAAAAAAAACUUCCAAAACUAUCUGUUACUCGUGUGCUGUUGAAAUGUGAGUUGUAAAAACAGGAAUUACAGUACAAAAACAGCUGACAGGGUUUAGACUUUAAGUUGUCUAACCUGUGUGAUAGAGAGGA